GACACAUUGAAGAAACUGAGGAAGAUUUCGAUAAAAAUUGGUAGACAUGACACAAAAAAUUGAAACAUCAGGUCAAAACGAUCGAUUUUGCUCUAAAACCAACUCGAAUAAGUCUUACCGAAGAGAUUCUACUCAGCCAAAUUUGGAUUGAAGAGAUGGACAUUUCUUGUACCCCAAUGAAUAUGAAAUUGAUCGCUGUAAUCAUCGAGUGAAUAACGAAUCUGAUGUUGUGGAUAGAAAAGUGAAAAGUGCUUUUUUAGAUUGAACUCAGAAUUAGUUAUACUCAUAUGUUGAUUUCCUCCCUAUUGAAUAUGAUUUUUCUAAUUGCACUAUGUCUUGUAUUAAUUUCUUUCUCUGUCUCUCCCUCUUUCUCUUUCACAUACACAAAAACACACACAGUUUUUCUAUCUAUAUCUCUGCAUUCUCUAUAUUCUGAGCAAUUUCUGUUUUAUUUCACCUGUUGGAAUAUGGAAAAAUAAUUCACACUUGCCUUUCAUUUAAACUGUAAUAUUUAAGCUAUUUUUCAGAUUGAGCAUAGGUGUGAGAAGAAGAAAUAGGAGAAUUUCUACGUUUUAACAAUGUCCUCCAAGAAUCGAAAAUUCUUCAGAUUAACUCGAUGUCAGAAAAUUAUGGAAUUAGCUGGAGCACCAAAAUUUGAGACUGAUGAAUCAACAGUGACAAAAAAAUAUGAUUUCAAGGAUGACACCGAAGAUCCCUGGUAUAAUUUCAGAUUGUGGAGAAAUGCCAAGAACGUUGGGAAAAAAAAUGAGGUUUCCACCGAGAUGUCCACGGAAAGAAAAGAAGAACCACAAGAAAAAGAAUGUGACGCUGUUAUGUCUCCUUUGGAAUCAUCUUCCUUAACUUCUUCAAAAUCAUCAUCAAUUUAUUCUUCAGAUACAAGAAAAUCACUUCAGUCAUUUACGAAAUCAUCUAGGAAAUCAUCAGAAUCUAGUUCAGACAAUGAAAAUUUGAAUAUUGAGGAUAAUAUGGAACAGAGCCGUGUACAAACUGAAAGCGAAGGAGACAUAGGAGAUAUCGAAAAAUAUUCAAAUGAGGAAUUUUGUGGCCCGAGUCGUGAAAAAAAGAGAACCCCAGUUUCGGUAUUGAAUGGUGAAUAUUCAAUUGAAAUGAGUAGAAGAAAAAGUCGUGUAUGGGAUAAAAGGGAUCGAUGUAUAAUCUGUAAUAACGAUGUGACAAAUUUUUCUAGACAUCUUUUUCGGAACCACUCCGAAGAGGAAAGUGUAAAACAAAUUUUGAAAUUUCCCAAAAAUCAUCCGAAUAGAAAAAAAUUGAUUAGUUCCUUGAGAAAAGAUGGAAACUUCAGUCUUUUGAAGGAAAAUACUAUAAGGGCUGUACAGAGACCCUCAACGAUGACAGCCGGCAAUCUAAAUUUUUUUCCCUGUAAAUUCUGUAAAGGAUUAUAUAAAAAGAUAUCUUUAAGAAAACAUAUUAAAAUUUGUGGGAUGCGGGGCGAGAGAAUUAAUAACGGAGUAAGAUAUUGCAAUGAAGGAUUAAUGAUGCUUGCAUUUGAUGAAUCGAAGAAGAAAUAUUUGGAUAGAUUACGUUUGAAAAAAGAAGUUUUUGGCAGUAUGCAUGCCGAUAGAAUUGCUUUAGAAGGCAUGAAAGAUCCUAUUGCUUGUCAAUAUGCUGAGAAUUAUUUGAAGCAGCAUAAAAGACCUCAUAUAAAACAUCUAGUGAGUAAUAAAUUACGAGAAUUAGGACGACUUUUGAUUCAAUUGAAAGAUGUUUUCGAACUCAAUUCCAUUUUAGAAGCUCUGAAACCUGAACAUUUCCAUAAAUUAGUUUCAGCUGCGAGAACAAUAGCUGGAUAUAAUGAGACGACUAAAAAUUUUAAAGCACCUUCACUCGCCUUACAUUUCAGAACAAUAUUAGUACAAGUUUGUUCGACUGCCGAAUCCAUGGUUCUUAUGAAAAGUCCAUUGAUUAAAACUCAUGACCAGGAUAAAACAUUGAAAGAUAUAAGAAAUUUCAAAAGUUUAGUGGAAUCCAAUUGGAAAUUUGAAAUGGGUAGUUUAGCCCUUAAAGAUUUAACUGAAAAACACUCAACAAAUAUGCAGAGACUCCCUCUCACCAAAGAUCUCAUUUUAUUCAAUAAGUAUUGCUACGAAAUUGCCGAACAAGCUAAAAAUGACCUACAAUCUGAUAAAAGUAAUCUGGCAGCUUUCAAACGUCUAUCGGAAGCAGUAUUGGUACUCACUAUUUCUAUUAAUCGCAAGAGAGUGGGGGAUGUUCAAUACACCAAAGUUGAUACAUAUAAUAAAGAUUUUGAAUAUAAUGACUGUUUGGAUAUUUUAACAGAGUCUGAAAAAGAAAUGACAAAAUUCUUCAAAAGAAUAGUAACUAUUGGAAAAGGAAGCCGUGCUGUUCCGCUACUUUUCCCAAAGAAAAUUCAAUAUUAUAUCGACAUUUUGCUACAAGUCCGAAAAGAAACAACCAUAGUACCACAGGAAAAUCCCUAUUUAUUCGCAUUGGCCGGAAGUCAAUCAAAAUGGAUCGAUGGACCGAGUACCUUAAGGAAGUAUGCUCAAUCAUGCGGUGCCGAAAAUCCAGAGACUCUCACAUCUUCCCGACUCAGGAAACAAAUUGCUACAGUUCUGCAAAUUUUGAAUUUGAGUGAAGUCGAAAUGGAACAAAUUGCGAAAUUUAUGGGUCAUACUAAAAAAACACAUGAAGAAUUUUAUAGGUUACCCCAAGAAUUAUUUCAAACAUCGAAAGUGGCUAAAUUACUUUUGAUGACCAUGGAAAAGGGUAUAAGUACGGAAGAGCAGGGAAAGACAAUAGAUGAAAUAGAUUUUGAAUUAGUAAAUUGGAGGGAAGACGAAAAGGUUCCAACAAAUCGUCAUGAAUCUUCACCAGAGCCUUCUCAUGAUUCUAGAGAAGAGAUUCCAGAAAAUUCAAAUGAAUCGAAAGUCAUAGUCCAUAGUAAUAUUGUGGUUAGAGAAUCCAAAAAUGAUGAAAGAAAAUCUGUUCGAGGAUCAUGGAAUAAAACUCAAAAGGAUAUAAUGCUUCAGUACUUCAAAAAACACAUAAAGAACAAAAUUCCACCAAGAAAGGGAGAGUGCUUAGAAUUCAGGGAAAAAAAUUUGGAUAAAUUUGAAAGUAAGAAUUGGGUUCAGAUUAAGACUUUCGUGUAUAAUACUUAUAGGUUGACUUGAAACAGGUAACUAUCGAAGUUUUUUUACAUCUUUUCUUUUCUAUCGCUUUCUCUUCCUAUGACUACCUUCAUCUUCCUACUGUACCUACCAUGUUUGAAACCCAAUUUAAUUCUGAAUUCCAUUUCGGAUGUCCAUUCAAGAAUGACAUCCGAGUAGGCUUUGAAAGUCCAGACUAUGGACAUAGUCCAGACGCAGCUUAACUUAUGGGCUAUCACCUUCCAUAGCCACCCGAGAUGUAAGUCGUACUUGAAUGGACUAUACAUUCAGUUUUAAUUAUAUAAUUCUGGAAUUAAUGAGAAUAUGUUUCGAAAAUUCAUUUCGAUUUGUUUUAAAAACUCUCACUCAUUGAUUUGUUGUGAAUAUAAUUUCAAAUUUUGUUGUAUUUUUAAUAAUUUCACUUUGAGCAUGUUUUUUCUUUGUACUACUUUCGAAUUUGGACGUGAUUGCUGUAAACAAAGUAGCAAUAUUAAUUUUUUUCUGGCAUUUUUGAUAUUUGAUCAUUCAAGUUGAGUUGAAUCGAAUAUUGUAAAAAAUUUCCAUUUCUGUAAGAUGAAUAUGUAUUUCAUUUGCCUUCUGUCAAGUUUUUCCAUCAGAAAUUUAGAUUUUGUAUUUUAUUUAUGUUUGUUAUUUUUUUCAAUUAAUUUCAGGUUUAAUUUGUAAUACUGUGAAUCUAUUGGCAAUAAAAACUUUUGUGAAUGAA